CUUGCCUGCUAGGCCCCUCGAGGUGCUGGAGCCUGGACGCUCUGCCCAGCAGGAACCGGGAGGCAGGGAGAAAUGGCUUCCCCUCGGCUCAGCCCACAGGCAGGUUCAUUUCAGCAUCAAAACUAGGAAAAGUAAUUAGGAAUGGCUGUGGAGGAGCUUCAGUGCAUAAUAAAGAGAUGCCAAAUCCUAGAAGAGCGUGAUUUUAAAGAAGAGGAUUUUGGCCUCUUCCAGCUAGCAGGCCAAAGAUGCAUUGACGACGGGCACAUAGACCAGCUGCUGGAGGUUAUUCAAGAUGAAAAGAACAAGACCAUCAUCAAGUCUAUGGGCUGGAAUCUGGUUGGUCCUGUUGUUCGAUGCCUCCUAAGGAACGGUGAGGAAGAGACAAGAAAAGACUGUUUCCUGAUGUUUGAUUUACUGGUGAAGUUAUGUAAUCCAAAGGAAUUGUUGUUGGGUUUGCUUGAACUCAUUGAAGAGCCCUCUGGAAAACAGAUAUCCCAAAUUAUUCUUCUUUUACUUCAACCAUUACAGACAGUGAUUCAGAAACUCCCUCACAACAAGGCAUAUUCAGUUGGAUUAGCACUGUCCACCCUUUGGAGUCAACUUUCUCUUCUUCCUGUUCCGUACUCAGAAGAACAAAUGCAGACAGACGAUUAUGGCCUUUGUCAGUGUUGCAAGGCCUUAAUAGAGUUCAUGAAACCUUUUGUGGAAGAAGUAAUUGAUAACAAGGAAAAUGAAAAGUUAAAAGAUGAAUUACUAAAGUUCUGUUUCAAAAGCCUGAAAUGCCCUUUGCUGACGGCGCAAUUCCUUGAACAGUCUGAAGAAGUUGGAAAUGACCCUUUUCGGUGUUUUGCAUCUGAAAUAAUAGGAUUUUUAUCACAAAUUGGACACCCUGUCCCACAAAUUAUUCUUAAUCAUGGAAGGAAAAAAAGGACUUGGGAUUAUCUUGAAUUUGAGGAGGAAGAAGACAGACAGUUGGCAGACUCUGUGGCUUCUCUGACAUAUCUAGUAUUUGUUCAGGGCAUCGGUAUUGAUCAGCUUCCAUUGGUCCUAAGCCCAUCAUACCUUUUGCAGAUGAACAUGGAGCACAUUGACGUAUUUCUGCAAAGAACAGAACAGUCUAUUUUCUCCAAAGGAUUGGAACUUCUGGAGAAUAGCUUAUUGAGAUUGGAAGACAACAGCCUACUUUAUCAGUACUUAGAAAUCAAGAGUUUUCUUGCUGUGCCUCAGGGCUUAGUCAAAGUAAUGACGCUUUGCCCCAUUGAGACAUUGAGGAAAAAAGGUUUAGCUAUGCUUCAGCUGUAUAUUGACAAGUUGGAUUCACAAGGCAAAUAUACAUUAUUUAGGUGCUUAUUAAAUACAAGUCAUCACUCGGGUGUUGAAGGCUUUGUAAUUCAAAAUAUCAAAAAUCAGAUUGAUGUGUCAUUUAAGAAAGCGUAUAACAAAUGGUUUUCAGGACCACAGCUGAUUUCUCUAUUGGACUUGGUACUGUUUCUCCCUGAGGGUGCUGAAACAGAUUUACUGCAGAACUCAGAUAGGAUUAUGGCUUCAUUAAAUUUAUUGAGGUAUUUGGUUAUCAAAGAUAAUGAAAAUGACAAUCAAACUGGAUUAUGGACAGAACUUGGAAAGAUUGAAAAUAACUUUUUAAAGCCACUUCACAUAGGACUUAAUAUGUCAAAAGCACAUUAUGAAGCAGAAAUCAAAAACAGCCAACGAAAUAGCCAAGUAGCCUCGAUGUGUAAAGGUGUUUGUUCUGUGACUGUAGGUGGAGAAGAAAUCCCUAGUAUGCCUCCUGAGAUGCAACUUAAGGUCCUACACUCAGCUCUCUUCACGUUUGACCUGAUUGACAGUGUUCUGGCUCGAGUAGAAGAACUCAUUGAACUCAAAACAAAGUCUACCUCUGAAGAAAGUGCUGCAGAGCCCAGAUUCCAGCUGUGCCACAAUCUGAGGAAGAUGAAGAACACAGAGAACGCACAGAAACGCUUGACGAGUAAAUAAACAUAAGACCGCACUAAAGCAUAAAGCCAGACAAUGGACAUCUGGCUGCACAGCUGGCCACUUUG